UAAAGAUACGUCUCUCUCUAUAUAUAUGCAGCGACACUUCCGCGGCAGCCGGCCGGUGACGAUGCUUCAAAGCACGGACCUCGUCUGGACUUGGCUGUUUCUUGGGACCGCAGUCUCUCUUCAGGUGAACAUUGCUCCAAAUAAAGUGGAGGUGCCUGUCGGAGAAUCCAAAUUUUUCUUAUGUCAAGUAACUGGUGAUGCCAAAUCCAAAGAAAUCUUUUGGUUUGCCCCCAACGGUGAGAAGCUGACGACAAACCAGCAGCACAUUUCUGUGGUCCGCUCAGAAGAUUCUUCCACUCUCACCAUCUAUAAUGCUAACAUUGAUGACGCUGGCAUCUAUAAAUGCGUGGUCUCCAGCGAGGAAGGGGAGGAAGAAGCCACUCUCAAUGUGAAGAUCUUUCAGAAGUUGACCUUCAAAAACGCCCCCAGCCCACAGGAGUUCAAAGAAGGAGAAGAUGCAGUUAUUGUCUGUGAUAUUGUCUCCUCACUGCCUCCCACUAUUAUGUGGAAGCACAUGGGCAGGGACGUUGUCCUCAAAAAAGAUGUGAGGUUUGUUGUGUUGAGCAAUAAUUACCUGCAGAUCAGAGGGAUAAAGAAAACAGACGAGGGCAUGUAUCGCUGUGAAGGGAGGAUCUUGGCCCGCGGAGAGGUUGACUUCAGAGAUAUCCGAAUCAUCGUGAAUGUGCCUCCCACUGUUCGCUCUCGGCAGGGCACAGUCAAUGCCACUGCAAAUCUCAGCCAGUCCGUCAAACUGGUGUGUGAUGCUGAUGGCUUCCCAGAGCCAAUCAUCAGCUGGACCAAGGAUGGGGAAUCGAUAGAACGAGGGGAGGAUGAUGAAAAGUACGGCUUCAGUUAUGAUGGCUCUGAGCUGACCAUCCUCAGGGUGGAGAAGAACGACGAGGCGGAGUACGUGUGCAUUGCCGAGAAUAAAGCUGGAGAACACGACGCCACCGUACACCUCAAAGUCUUCGCAAAACCUCAAAUCACCUUUGUGGAGAACAAAACUGCAAUGGAGCUGGAAGACCAGAUUAUUCUCACCUGCGAGGCCUCUGGGGAUCCCAUCCCCUCCAUCACUUGGAGGACCUCUUCCCGAAACAUCAGCAGUGAAGAGAAGGCUUCAUGGACCAGGCCCGAGAAACAAGAGACCCUAGAUGGACGCAUUGAAGUACGCAGCCACGCCCGAGUGUCUUCCCUGACACUGAAGGACAUCCAGUACACUGAUGCUGGGGAGUACACCUGCAUAGCCAGCAACACCAUUGGGCAGGAUUCGCAAGUCAUGUACCUCGAAGUUCAGUAUGCCCCAAAGUUGCAGGGCCCUGUUGCGGUUUACACUUGGGAAGGUAACCCUGCAAACAUCACCUGUGAAGUCUUUGCUUACCCCAGUGCUGUUAUCACAUGGUUCCGGGAUGGGCAGCUGCUGCCAAGCUCCAACUACAGCAACAUCCGGAUCUAUAACACGCCAGCCGCUAGUUUCCUGGAGGUUGUACCAUAUUCAGAAAACGACUUUGGGAAUUACAACUGCACAGCAGUCAACCGGAUUGGCCAAGAUUCCUCCGAGUUCAUCCUUGUGCAAGCAGAUACACCGUCGGCGCCUUCCAUUGAGAAAGUGGAGCCCUACUCCAGCACCGCCCAAGUCAAGUUUGACGAACCAGAGGCCACUGGAGGUGUCCCCAUCCUCUGGUACAAAGCAGAGUGGCAAGCCCUGGGGGAGGAGGACUGGCACACCAGAAUCUACGACGCCAAAGAAGCCAACACUGAAGGCAUCUUCACGGUGAUUGGCUUGAAGCCAGAGACCACGUAUGCCCUCCGACUGUCUGCCAUCAACGGCAAAGGCACGGGUGAGAUCAGCACUCCCUCCGACUUCAAGACGCAGCCAGUUCGGGAGCCCAGCGCGCCAAAGCUGGAAGGCCACGUGGGAGAAGACGGAAACUCCAUCAAAGUGAAUCUCAUCAAGCAGGAUGACGGGGGCUCUCCUAUCCGCCAUUAUCUCAUUAAAUACAGAGUUAAACAUUCUUCUGACUGGAAACCAGAAAUCCGUCUCCCUUCGGGCAGUGAUCACGUCAUGCUCAAGUCCCUCGACUGGAAUGCGGAAUAUGAGGUCUACGUAAUUGCAGAGAACCAGCAAGGGAAAUCUAAACCGGCACAUUAUGCUUUCAGGACCUCUGCACAGCCUACCAUCAUCCCAGCCAGCACAACCCCAACAUCGGGACUGGGCACAGCAGCCAUUGUGGGCAUCCUCAUCGUCAUCUUUGUCCUCCUGCUGGUGGCCGUGGACGUCACCUGCUAUUUCCUGAACAAGUGCGGCCUUUUCAUGUGCAUUGCCGUCAACCUGUGUGGCAAGCCAGGUCCCGGCGCAAAGGGGAAGGACAUGGAAGAGGGCAAGGCAGCCUUCUCGAAAGACGAAUCGAAAGAGCCCAUUGUCGAGGUGCGGACGGAGGAGGAACGGACCCCAAAUCACGACGGAGGCAAACACACCGAACCGAAUGAGACCACCCCGCUCACUGAACCAGAGCACCCUGCCGACACCGUGGCAGCCACAGAGGACAUGAUGCCAUCCGUCACCACAGUCACCACCAACUCCGACACCAUCACCGAGACCUUCGCCACUGCCCAAAACAGUCCCACCAGCGAGACCACCACGCUCACCUCCAGCAUCACGCUGCCAGACACCCCCCUGCCCAACUCCAUCGCCGCGGCCCCCAGCCAGGCCACGCCUUCCAAAGCGGCGGCAGCCUCCUCGCCCCCGCCCGCCUCCGCCCCCCGAGUGGCACCCCUGGUGGACCUCAGCGACACCCCCGCCUCCCCUCCCGCCCCUGGCAGCCUGUCCUCCAGUGUCCUCAGCCACCAAGGGGCGGUGUUGAGCCCCAGCCCCACUGCCAAAGGGCCCGAGGCUCCCAAGGGCCCUGUGGCCGCCCCCCCGCCCUCAAACCCAGCCAGCCUCCCGGCCUCCUCAGAGUCCACGCGGGAGGCCCCCCGGGCCAGGAGCCCAGAAAAGGAGGCCGCGCGGUCCAGCGCGGCGAAGAGUCCGGCAGAGGCGACGAAGAGCGCCGCGGGCCAGAAAGGCGAGGCUGCCCCGGGGGGGGCCCGGAACCCUCCUCAGAACGAGGACUUUAAAAUGGACGAGGGGACCUUCAAGACGCCUGAUAUUGACCUCGCCAAGGAUGUUUUUGCCGCUCUGGGCACCACGGCUCCGGCUGCCGAAGCCCACGCCGGUGCCACAGCUCCCGCCCCGGAGACCUCGGCGCCACCCGCACCUGCCAAGACAGAGAAGAACCCCGUAGCAGAAGAAAAGCCGGCAGUCCCCGCCACAGAAGCCAAGGCGGCUCCCGCAGAGGUGAAGACGGUCCCCGCCGAAGCCCCACAAACACAGGAGGCCGAGAGCAAAGCAUGA